ACAACAUCACUGUGCGACCCCGUCUGCUGUACGUCGUACAUCACAGAAAUGGCGAGCGGCAAAAAGACUACUGUUAUUUCAUCUUUGGCCGAUUAUGUUGACUCUGACCAGGAUAGUGACUCUGAAACAGAUGAAACAGGAGUUGGCGGCGGGCUAGUCUCCUCUGUGUACAACGACGAAGACGUAAGCCGAAUUGAAGACGGGGAUGAAGGGGGGUCAGGAAACGAGGACAGCGAUGACAGUUCCAGGAAUUCGGAUAAAGACGACUCGGACACUGGGGGCGAUGCUGAUGGCAGUCAGGACAUCUCAGAGUUGGAGAAGAGGGACCCCAAUGAACUCGUAGCCAUGUUUUCAGAGAAGGUACGGAACAUGUCACCUGACGACAUCAAAAUACCCCCGGAACCCCCCGGACGCUGCUCCAGCCAACUACAGGAGAAGAUUAAGAAGCUGUAUCUCCGUAAGCUUUGUGAAGACUUCGACACCAACAGUGCCAUCCAGAAGAGGAAAGACUUCCGGAACCCAAGUAUUUAUGAGAAACUGAUCCAGUUCUGUGGCAUCGAUGAGCUUGGAACCAACUACCCAAAGGACAUGUUUGAUCCCCACGGCUGGUCUGAGGACUCUUAUUAUGAAGCACUGGCCAAGGCUCAGAAGGUGGAGAUGGACAAACUGGAGAAGGCGAAAAAGGAGAGGACCAAGAUUGAGUUUGUGACGGGCACCAAGAAAGGAACCACCACCAACCCAGCAGCCACUACCGCCAACACAACUACCACCACCUCAACAGAAGCCCAUAAGCGGAAGAGUAAGUGGGACUCUGCUGUCCCAGUGACGUUGGCCCAGCCCGCCCUCAUCACCACCACGGCAACACUUCCUGGAGUCGUCUCCGUGACGACCACCGCCAGCGGAACCAAGACCACCGUCAUCUCAGCAGUGGGAACCAUCCUGAAGAAGGCCAAGCAGUGACUCACCAGAGAGAUUGUGUGUGUGUGCGUGCGUGCGUGCGUGCGUGAGCGAGGAUUUUCAGGGUGGGAGGGAGUGAGGGAUGGUGUGUGUGUGUGCGUGCGCUUGUGUAUAUAGUAUGUUGUAUGGCUUUAGGAAGGUAUUUGAGGCUAAUGUCAGCUGUGAUCAUGUCACAGGUUACUGCCACCACCAGCUUCAGAACAGAAGCAAGUCCUCUCAAUCAUGAGGGCUAUUUUCUUUAGCUUUUAUUUUUGGGAUUUGUUUCUUUCCAUCUUGCUCGUUUUUUGUUUUUUUCCUACAUUUCUCUGUGCAUAUAUUGAGUGUAAAGGUUAAAUGUCAACAUCGGUUUGUUCUAAAUGGCAUUGUGAUUGCUGAGAUUGUUUGUCCAAUCAGGAUGAGCCUAAUUAGCACAGUAGGCCACAUCCCUGCAGUCAAUGUGAACUGACUCCGCCCACUGUGAAAUAUACAGAGCUGGAACACAACACAAACCAAAACAACACACAACAUAAUACAACCCCACAACACCACACAAGCCCAAACAACCCCACGCAACACAACAGCCACUCUGCGGAUCCGGUUCCGCCAACGUUCUGCCAACCUUCGAUUCCACUUUUUUUCUGUACAACCCCGCACACCAGCACAGAUGUUCAGACUGUAUGGGGUUGUGUUGAAAACAGUGAUAUCGACCGUUGGCAGAGCAGUGGGCCGCACCUUGUCGGAACUGGUCUGCAGAUACCCUCAGAGAGAAGGUCCCCCCCUUAAUCCAGCCGAGGAUUCUUUGAGGAACCUUUCAUUUCUUUUUACUGUGUGUGUGCCUGCGUGCGCGCGAGUGUGCGAUGUGUGGAGGUGUUUGAGCCUCUUUUUGGUUUCAUCGACUCGUGAUGUGCAACCACAGCUAUGGAAAGCUCGCCCUCCUCACUGCACCCGAGGAGUCCGACGGACAAAAGGGACAAACAUCCUUUCAUCAUCAUUUCUGUUCUUUUCUUUUAUUGUCAGGUCUCAUUCUGUUGUAACGGUCUCUUCACAAAGAAAACAAAGUUGUGGAAUUAUUUUUUACCAGUGUACAAACCUCCCUACAGAUGAUAGUCAUGAACAUUAAAGGCAUUCAUGUUUUCUUAAAAAAAAA